AUGGCGCCGAGCUUCCCGAUAUCGCGGCUUCUGCUGCCUAAAGUCAAGGUGGCGCCGGAGGAGCAUCGGCAAGCCAAGCAAAUGAUGACCCGAUUGCUGCAGCACACGGUGCAGGCGUUCGAGACUUUCGCGUACGACGCACAGGGCGUCGUGGACACGGCGCGCUGGAAACAUAUCGGAUCCCAAGACGACCUCAAGCUCUACAAGGAGCGAGUAGCGGGUGCCACUAGCUCCGGUUUGGCGGCGGAACUCGGUCCCGAUACCAUGCUAUCCAACAGCGACGCGGUCGCGGCCUUGGCGUCGCCCACCAUGAUGAUGACCGGCAGCAGUCCCGGCAGCGUGGCUAACGCUAUGAGUGCCGCCAUCUCUCAGAACCAGGACGAGCUCUCGCUGCUUGUGAACUUCAUGCACGAGGACGUGGCCGACUGCGCGGUGCUACACAACGUCGAGUCUCCUACAGCUGAAAAUCCGUAUCACUACUUCGGCUACAAGUACUUCGUGCGCAAGUCGCCUGGAGCUCCGUGUCUCGUCAAGCACCGCGACUCGUUAUAUCUCGAGUACAGUGGCACGUGUACCACGAGACAAGGAGAAAUACUAGGCUUUGUGCUGCUGCAUUCAGUCAACCUGCCGCAUUUCCCGGACUUGACCAGCUACAACUCUAUUCGCGCCCUACAGUCCGUACGCUAUCUGUACCGUCAACGCAGUCACGAGGUUGUCGAAGUCUUCAUGCUCGGUAACCUGGACGUUUCGGGCAUGGUGAUCAAGCCUAUCGCAGACAAGCUGGCGCAGAUCACCUUGUUCGCGCUCGUGCAGCUCACAGACUGCGCGGAAGCCAAGAAACUGACGCACAUGGUCCAGGAACGUCGUCCGUCUGUGCUGGUGCGUUCUCGACAUCCACAUGCCGACGAAUGCCAGCUCUGCGGCAAGACCCCCAAGAAAAUCUCGCUGCUGAGCUCCACGUCCAAGUUGUUGGUGAAGUGUGAGUGCUGCGGCCUGUUCGCCUGCUCAACGUGUCGUGACAUCAAAAGGAUCUACGUACCCAAUCCUGAUCAUAUCCUGGGCAAGUUCGAGAAGGUACCCAUAUGCAUGGCAUGUAUCGUCGAGGCCAACGAGACUCCUGUCGUCUCUCCUCAGGCCCCCGUCUCAAGCUCGUCGUCAAGUGGGAGCUCAGGCCAGCGUGGACGAAGCCCCCAAUACAGCCAAUACCGCGCAGACCCGCUCAGUGCUCGGUCCCAUAAGAGUAUUUCUACUGCUGUGGCUUCGGUGUCUGCAGCCGUCGCCGACAUGGAAUCCCGUUCUAAGCCGUCGUCGUACUCGUCCGGUUUCUCAAUUGGUUCUUACUCGUCGGCGAUCGCGUCAACCCCCACGGCGACCAGUCCAACGGAACCCGUCCGUGCGCACAGAGGUAAUUGCCGCAGUGGUAACUGGGACCGUUCACCUCGCUCUUGUCGGAGCCGUAGUGUCGGACGCCCAGUCGUAUCGCCCGUGCAACCUCGAGACGUGCCGCCCAACGUCAGAGUGUACUUGUCUGGGUCGCUGCAGCAACUGGUCGUUCGUUCCAAUGGCCCCGGCAAGCCUCCGAUGCCAACUUCGAACUUGUCGCAGCCCGGCAGCCAUCGAACGUCCGGAGGUACAAGCAGCAGCAGUCGAUCAUCGCGGUCGCACUCAACUGGAAACUCCACGGGCUGCUCUCCUCAGGAAGCGAUGUACGCUCGACUCGUGGAACUCAAUGGCGUAGCCGAACAGACCAGCGCGUACGUGUCGUCUCGAGGCCGAAGGAUGUCGUAG